AUGGCAAACGUAGCUGACAAUAGAACGCUGAUUGCGUUAAUCUCUGAUGAAGAUACAGCAACAGGACUACUAUUAGCAGGUAUAGGGCACAGAAACUUUUUUAUUGUAACAUCAACAACAAAUGUUUCAGAAAUCGAAUCUGCUUUUCAAACAUUUACACAGAAUAGAGGUGAUAUUGCCAUCUUGCUUAUCACCCAACCACUUGCCGAAAAGAUUCGACAGAUCUGUGAUCGAUAUGAACAGGCUUUCCCUGCCGUUUUGGAAAUCCCAAGCAAGGAUGCACCGUACGAUCCUUCAAAGGACUCUAUCCUAAAGCGCGUACAAAAGGUGAGUACCUAAGAUUCUAUCUCUUUGGGAGAGCCGAACAUUUGCUGACGACAUUCUUCUCCCUCUUUUCACUUGACAGCUUUUCGGAGAAUAGACAUAUACCUUUGUACAGCAUUCGGUUUUCGACAUACAUAUCUUCUAUCUUUCUCUCAUUUCGUUCUGUUCAUCGUGGUAUCUUGUGUUCACGCAUAUUUCUAAUUUAGGCAUUCAAAAGCAUCGAAUCGAAUUAUCGAACCAGCCAGCGUCCUCGUCUGCACAAUUGGCAAAUAAGCAGCUGCUCUUUGUGUCCACUGUAAUCGACGCCUUUAUUCGCACUCAUCAGUGCUUCAAUCUACUUUUCAAUCACACUCCUUGCAGCGAUCCCAGAGCGCAACACAAGUCUAUACCGACAAAUCACAAAAUUGAUCGAAUGCAUGUCUGAUGAAGAAUGUCAAUGAGAAGGUAUGGU